CACGCCCGACACCAACACAACAGGAGACUGGGAAAGACGACCGUGCCUCAGCGAUCCAGAUCAUAAAACCCAGUAAAAGGUGGGAGACGGGGAUGUUGACAUGAGAAGGGACAGUUGAAGGGGACCUAAGGACAUGAGGACCUGAGGAAGUCUCACAGGGUAGAGUUCUGAGCCCUGGUCGGAGUCCUGGUCUGAAUCCUGGUCCGGCCACAGCUGCAGCAGUGGGGGUAGUGGUGGUAGUGUUAUGAACCAUGGAUCCUGGAGCAAUGGAUACACCGGUCACCCUGGUUAUCAAAGCCCCAAACCAGAAAUAUGAAGACCAGACCAUCAAUUGCUUCCUCAACUGGACUGUGGAGAGACUGAAGAGCCACAUCUCUAACGUCUACCCUAGCAAACCGUUGUCUAAAGACCAGCGGCUGGUGUAUUCGGGGCAGCUUCUUCAGGACCAUGUACAACUUGGAGAUGUUCUCAGAAAGCAGGAUGAGUACCACAUGAUGCACCUGGUGUGUGCUUCCCACAGCCCCCCAAGCUCCCCCCAGGCCCACAGCUCUGCCCCUUCUACCAGUAGCUCAGACAGUUCAAGCUCCUCCUCUGCCUCCUCACCCAAUCAGAAUGCACCUUCUUCCUCUGAGGUCACCGAUGGUCUGAGAUAUCGAGGAGGCCUGCCGCAGUAUAAUGCCCCUGGUAUUCCACAAUGGCCUGAAGGUCUGCAGGUCCCUGUGCAGGGCACCCUGCCUGGGAACAUGCCCCCUCACCCCGCCUACAUGCCCAUGCAGAUGCUGUGGUGGCAGCAGAUGUAUGCACGACACUACUACAUGCAGUAUCAAGCCGCCGUAGCUGCCUCUCAGUCCCCCGGCUCGUCUGCUCCCUCCGCCCCCUCCUCUUCACCUCCUCAGCCUGAGCCGCCUGUACAGCCUCCUCAGGGCCCCAACCCGCUGCCCGAGCCCCCGCCUCCGGUCAACCCCAACCUCCAGGUGAACCCGAACAUCCAGAUGAAUGCGCAGGGAGGGGCAGUUCUUAACGAGGACGAGCUGAACCGUGAUUGGCUGGACUGGCUGUACACAGUGUCCAGAGCCGGAGUACUGCUCAGUAUAGUGUACUUCUACUCCUCCUUCAGCCGCUUCGUCAUGGUGCUGGGGGCCAUGCUGCUAGUCUACCUGCAUCAGGCGGGCUGGUUUCCCUUCAGACCUGAACAGCAACAGGCGAGAGAAGAGCGAGGAGCAGCGCAAGAAGAGGCAGACAGACAGCAGGACAUGCAGGAAAUGGAGCGUUUGAUGGACGACGGCCUAGAGGAGGACGACCCAGAGGAAGGGCCCUCAGAGCGGCAGCAGGCCCCUGCUGCUGUCCCUGAACCUGGCUUCCUCACCACCGCCUGGGCUUUCAUCAGCACUUUCUUCACCUCCCUCAUCCCUGAAGGCCAGCCCCAACCUGGCAACUAGAGACCCACCCCGAACCAGCUACACAUCUGCCCCAAACAGAGCUCUACCCGUGGACUGCCUUUGACAAGCAGCACUGGUCUACAGUGUCAUAAACUAACAGGCUCCAAAGAGCAAGUGUGCGAUCGGUUUAAGGGAAAGGACUAAAUCAAAUAUAAUUGGUUCACUGCAAUAAUGGAAUAUCUAGCCUAGAUUAAAAUGACUUAAAUUGACUUGAGUAGUUUUGACUAGGUUCAAAGGAGACAUAUAAUGCAAACCCUUUUAGAGUUUUUGACCAUGUAAUAAUUGUUUACCCUUCUCAUUAGCACAGUCAAAGAGCAUAACCUGGCUCACGCCAGAUUGAUAUGUGUGUCACUAUGAAUUCAGUACUACACAUUAUCAAUUUGGGAUAGCUUGCGCUGAAAGUAAUCAGAAAAUGUGGAACGUCAUGAUGAUUCUUAGAAUCUGAUUGGUUGAAGUAUGACAACAGAGGAACAAGAUGAAAAAUCAAACUUUACUUAAACCCAGUUGAGAGAAAAAUGCAGACAUCUUCCCUUUCCACAAAUGCACAAAGUUCUUCUGCAUUUUUUCCAAGUACAUUUGUUGGCAUUGACAUGUUUUGAUUUGUUUGGGCACUUGACCUUUGGCUUCCACACAAACCUCAAUGCUCCUCUGUGAUUGGUGCACCAACCAAUCGAGCCCUAUUGCACAAGCGGGGACAGGCCAAGAUGGAUUCUUAUGAGUUUGUGAACUUAUAAAUAUCACGAGUAAGGUUGUCAAAGGUAUCAAAAAUCAGGUACUAAUUGAUACUAAAACUAGUAUCAAGACUACAUGCUCGUUUGAAAAGGUAACAAUAUAGAAAAAGUCACAUUCACAGGACAGAAAGUGAAGCUUUCCUGAAUAGUUAUAGAAUGAUCUAGAGCUGUAUCAGAACAAGUGUAAGACACAUAGACUUGCUUGGACCACUAGGAAGUCGUUUUACAUCAAUAUUUAAAAUGUCUUUAAAAGUUUAUGACCGACUUGUGUUCUAGAUUAUUACUAUAUUGCUUUUAUCAUGCUCAAUAGGUAACUUGUGUCACCUUUCCUACUGGUUUCAAGAUAAUUUAGUUUGAAAUGGGAAAAUAAAUCCAUCAGUGGGUUAAAUAUGACAAGUAAUCAAAGUAAAAUCUAAGUUUAUAAAAUAGAUGCAUCUUAGCUUGUCAAAACUACUCAAACUACCUUAAAUUGAAGUGAUUUUUAACUUGUCUAGAUAUCCAUUUUAUUUGUUGUGUAGAACAAGUUUUUAUUUGUGAUUUUUUUUUGUCCGUCAGUGUGACAAAAGAGAACUGUCUUCCAUACAAAGCUGUGAUGUUUGGUGAAAGUGAUGAAAGUUAUAUGUACAUAUAUGUACAUAUGCAUAAAUAUAUAGGCGUACUAACCGAAUACUUUGUAAAAUAGGGACCUGGGUCUGUAAGUAUUUCCCAAGGAUAUUUUUGAGCUCUUUAAGCACAUUCUGUAUUUAAACAUGUGCUAUUUACACAUAUGAUUAUAUUGCAUCUAUAAUUUCUAAAUAUGAAUAAUGCUUUUUGGAAUAAAAAAAAAAAUUGGCUUA